AUGAUGCUUUGGCUGCUGCUAGUUCUGUCCAUUUGGGUGGGAUCUUAUGAAGCUGACUCUGCCCUGUCCGAACGGCGAGUUGUAGCACACAAUCCUGGUGACAUCAUCAUCGGAGCGCUGUUCUCCGUCCAUCAUCAGCCUCCUGCUGACAAGGUACACGAGCGCAAAUGUGGCGCGGUGCGGGAGCAGUACGGCAUCCAGAGGGUGGAGGCCAUGAUGUACACGCUGGACCGCAUCAACGCCGACCCGCACAUCCUGCCCAACAUCUCCCUCGGCUGCGAGAUCCGGGACUCCUGCUGGCACUCGGCCGUGGCUCUGGAGCAGAGCAUCGAAUUCAUACGGGAUUCACUGGUCUCCUCUGAUGACGCCGAGGAGUGGGGGGGAGGAGGGGGACUUGGGGGUGGAGGUGGCGGAGGAGCGACGAUGAAGUGUUCAGACCCCGCGGCCACUCCGAUGCGGGGGAAGAAACCCAUUGUGGGUUUAAUUGGACCGGGGUCAAGCUCUGUGGCCAUCCAGGUCCAGAACCUUCUACAGUUGUUCAACAUACCACAGAUUGCCUACUCUGCCACCAGUAUGGACCUCAGCGACAAGAGCCUUUUUAAGUACUUUAUGCGGGUGGUGCCUUCAGAUGCCCAGCAGGCAAGAGCUAUGGUGGACAUUGUCAAGAGAUACAACUGGAGCUAUGUGUCUGCUAUACACACCGAAGGCAACUAUGGUGAAAGUGGGAUGGAAGCAUUUAAGGACAUGGCAGCUAAGGAGGGCAUCUGUAUCGCCCACUCUGGCAAAAUCUGGAGCAAUGCUGGAGAGCAGAGCUUUGAUAAGCUACUGGAGCGACUGCGGGCCCACCUGCCCAAGGCCCGGGUGGUGGCUUGUUUCUGUGAAGGCAUGACUGUCCGUAACAUCCUCAUGGCGAUGAGACGCAAGGGACUGGUGGGAGAGUUCCUGCUCAUCGGCAGUGAUGGAUGGGCAGACCGGUACGAUGUAACAGAUGGCUAUGUUAGGGAAGCAGCAGGUGGUAUUACCAUCAAGCUCCAGUCGGCUGAUGUGAAAUGGUUUGAUGAUUACUACCUUAAACUUCGUCCUGAAAACAACCCCAGGAACCCCUGGUUUCCCGAGUUCUGGCAGCAUCGUUUCCACUGUCGACUUAAAGGACACCCGCAGGAGAACGGCAAAUACAACCGCACCUGUGGCAAGCGAGAGUCUCUUCGGCAGCAGUAUGCACAGGACACCAAGAUGGGGUUUGUCAUAAAUGCCAUCUACUCGAUGGCAUAUGGCCUGCAUAAUAUGCAACGGGCGCUCUGCCCAGGCUAUCAGGGCCUGUGUGAUGCCAUGCGACCUAUAGAUGGUUCCACGUUGCUGGACUUCUUGAUGAAAACCAACUUCACAGGAGUGUCAGGAGAGGGAAUCUUAUUUGAUGAGAACGGAGACUCACCUGGCAGGUACGAGAUAAUGAACUUCAAAAAGAUGGGGAAGGACUACUAUGACUAUAUUAAUGUUGGCAGUUGGGACAACAGAGGCUUGAAGAUAGAUGAUGAUGAAAUCUGGCCUAACAAGGAAGGCAUAAUGAAGUCCGUCUGCAGUGAACCCUGUGACAAAGGACAGAUAAAGGUGAUCCGUAAAGGUGAGGUGAGCUGCUGCUGGACGUGCACUCCCUGUAAAGAAAAUGAGUUUGUGUUCGACGAGUACACCUGCCGAGCCUGUGAAUUGGGCUCCUGGCCUACCUUUGACCUCACAGGCUGUGACCCCAUCCCAGUGGAGUACCUGCGGUGGGGAGAUCCUGAACCGAUUGCUGCUGUGGUUUUCGCCUGCCUCGGUCUCAUGUUCACAUUCUUUGUCACUGCGGUCUUCAUCAGGUUCCGGGACACCCCAGUAGUGAAAUCUUCCAGUCGGGAGCUGUGCUACAUAAUACUGGCAGGGAUCUGCCUGGGGUACCUGUGUACCUUCAGCCUCAUAACCAAACCCCAUGUAGUCCACUGCUACCUCCAACGGCUUGGAAUAGGCCUGUCACCUGCCAUGAGCUACUCUGCACUUGUCACCAAGACAAAUCGCAUCGCUCGAAUUCUGGCAGGCAGCAAGAAGAAGAUCUGUACAAAGAAACCUCGCUUCAUGUCAGCCUGCGCUCAGCUCAUCAUUGCCUUCCUCCUCAUACUGCUGCAGCUGGGCAUCAUCGUGGCUCUCUUCCUCAUGGAGCCACCCGAGGUGAUCCAUGACUACCCCAGCAUCCGCCAGGUUAACCUCAUUUGCAACACCAAUAACCUGGGCGUGGUUGCCCCGCUGGGAUACAAUGGCCUGCUCAUCCUCAGCUGCACCUUCUAUGCCUUCAAGACCCGCAACGUCCCCGCUAAUUUCAACGAGGCUAAGUACAUUGCCUUUACCAUGUACACCACCUGUAUUAUAUGGCUGGCCUUCGUACCCAUCUACUUUGGCUCUAACUACAAAAUUAUCACCAUGUGCUUCAGUGUCAGCCUCAGUGCCACUGUGGCGCUGUGCUGCAUGUUCGUACCCAAGGUGUACAUCAUUCUAGCCAAACCAGAGCGUAACGUGCGCAGUGCCUUUACCACUAGCACAGUGGUACGCAUGCACGUGGGGGACGGCAAAUCGUCCUCAGCUGCCAGCCGUUCUUCGAGUCUGGUGAAUCUGUGGAAACGUAGAGGCUCUACUGGGGAGAAUCUCAGCUCCAAUGGUAAAUCAGUGUCUUGGGCGCAGACGGAGCGCAGCAGCUCACGCGGGAACCACCUGUGGCAACGGCUGUCCUUCCACAUCAAGAAGAAGGAGAACAACCAGACCGCCGUCAUCAAGCCCUUCUCCAAAACUUCCGAGGAGCGUUACUGUGGCGGGGGGGACCUGCACCCCCAUAUGCCUCUGCCCUCACUCCCCUCUAUGUCUUCCCUGUCCAUUCAUCAGGACUCUGUCACUGACAAAACCCUGUACGACCUCUCUGAAGCCGAGGAGCGCUACUCGACCACGUACCUGCCGCAGACGCCCUCGCCCAUCAGCACGAUCAGCCAGAGACUAGGGGCAGGAAUCGGGGAGGAGCACUCGAUGUCUGGCAUUCCUAACUACCCUAGCAGCAUUUGCAGCGGGGGAAGCGGGGGAAGCGGGGGAAGCAGGGGAAGCGGCAGCAGUUGCGGUCCUGCCAGCAGCGGCUCUCUGGUGGUGGGGAGCGACGGGCGUCUGAUUAUUGUGGACAAUCACCCGGGACCGCACCCGAGCUCGCUGAUGGAUCAGAUCAGCUGCGUGGUGAACCGCUUCACCGCCAACAUCACCGAGCUCAACAGCAUGAUGUUGUCAUCCUCUCCGACGCACUCUAAUAAGCAGACUCCCCCCUCUCCUCAGCCCCACGACCCGUAUCUGUUGCCCCGGGAGAUCCCGAUGGCCCCAACCCUCACCACCUACGCCGACGUCCAGCCCCUCCCCCCUGUCGAGACCAGCAUGGCGGGCCGGAGCGGCUGUCCGGUUCACUCGAUUCCUCAUUCACCUUACCCCCUGCCGCCUCAUAUUGGCCAGGCCUCCCCCUCUCUCUCCCCAAUGCGAGGAGGCCUCAUCCCUUGCCUCACCAACUCCCCUCACAGGAGGGCCGAGUUGGACGAGGAGCUUUUUGCUUUGACUCCGCCGUCACCUUUCCGCGAUUCCCUGGGAUCUAGCAGUGGUUCACUCAUCUCAGAGACAGGCCUGUGUCUCCCCCCAGUCCCCUCUCAUCCUCCCCCCUCUCCCCCUUCACCCAGGUACAGUAGACUGUCACUUAGAAACUACAGCCAGAGUUCAUCCUCACUGUGA